UGUUAGCUUCGGUGCUUACUAUAGGUGCUAACUGAACUGCAGCGUGAAUCCUACAUUAAUACGUUUAAAAAAAGAAACACUAUUCAAAGGUGCUGCAGGUUUUAGUAAAAAAUAUCAAUAACGUUAUGGCGGGAAGAAAGAGGAAAAUGCCAGUGAUGGCGACAGAAGCGCGAGAACAAAUAGUAAAUAAUAAUAAACAUAAAAAGCAGACGAGUGUGAAAAAAGUGAAGGAGCAGCUUCAGUGUCAAAGUCAUUAUUUUGUCAACAACAACAACAACACCACCACAGAGGACCGACUGACGGAAGAGUUCUUCAAACAACCAUGCAUCGCUUUAGCAAAAGCUUUCCUGGGAAAGGUGUUGGUGCGCAGGUGUGAGGACGGUGCCGAGCUGCGUGGGAGAAUAGUGGAGACCGAGGCUUACCUGGGAGGAGAGGACCGAGCCUCGCACUCGGCAGGGGGCAAACGCACAGAGAGGAACACGGCCAUGUUCAUGAAGCCUGGUACCAUAUAUGUGUAUCCGAUUUAUGGCAUCUACCUCUGCAUGAACGUCUCUAGUGAAGGGGAGGGUGCUGCUGUGCUACUGCGCUCUGCUGAGCCCCUGCAGGGCCAGUCCAUCAUGAAACAGCUGAGGUCAGCCAGGCGGAAAGAAGGAGCCCGACAACUUAAGGACAAAGAGCUCUGCAAUGGUCCAUCUAAGCUGUGCCAGGCUCUGAGUAUACCUCGCUGUUUCGACCGCCGAGACCUCGCCUCAGAUCCAGAGGUGUGGCUGGAGGGGGACCCAAACGCGACUCUGGCAGAACCACGCGAUAUAGUGUCAGCGCCGCGCGUCGGAAUCGAGUCCCAUGGUGAGUGGGCGAAGAGGCCAUGGCGGUUUUAUCUUCGAGGGCAUCCCUGUGUUAGUGUAGUGAACAAAGAGGCAGAAAAUCAGCCUCAGUCUGGAAAUGACUUGGCUCCCUCAGAUGAGCAGCCUGACAAAGGACAGAACAUUAUCAAAAAGACACAACAGGAGUUUUCCUAAAUUUACUCUGUUCCACUUCACUAUUGAGUUUUCUGUCAGUUGUGGUGGGAUAUACCACUUCUUUUGAAAUACCUUCAUUAUAUAAAAACCUUUUCUGUAGUAGAAAACUCUCAAGCCGAUUAUCAAAAUAGCUAGGUUAGCUCCACGGAGGCAGCCGUCAAAGGACAAACUUCUCUUCUCUUCUCUUUUUUUAUAACUAACUGAAGGCUACACAUGUUCUCCCAUUCAGCUGCAAGAUGCAGCUUCACCAAUAAAUGUGGCUAAAUUAUACACUGUACCUUUAACUUUUGUAGUACAAAUCCACAAAAUGCCUGUAAAAGUACCAAGAAAUGUUUCUGGUCCGUUUUAAAAGUCGGAACUUUCUUUCUCUUCCUUGAGGUUUAUUUAUGGAACAGAUCAUAAAUUAUGGCAGCUACUGUACAGCAAGACUCAAUCGAUCAGCGUCUAUAAAAUAAAUCUGUUCUGAAACGUA